AUGGCCACCUGCCCCGAGCUGCAGCCUGGGCCAGAGGCCAUGGGCUGUGCAGGGGUCCUGGCUACCCCAGAAGACCCCGAGGAGCAGCGGGGUGCCCAGGGCGAAGGUGCUCAGGGAGAAGGUCCCCAUCCCUGUCCCCUGGAGUGCCAGGAGCUGGCUGCUGUCCCCGUGCCGCAAGCUAUAAAGCGUUUCCUGAAGGAGGACUCAGAGGAGGCUGAGCUGACCCAGCUUCUGCGUGAUUGCCCACCGACUGACAGCCCCAGGAAGGUGGAGCCCCCGGAGAGCCGGCGGGAGCCUGGCCACCCCCUCUGCGGCGUGGGCAGGGUCCCCCCUGACGAACUUGCCGACGAGAGGGACACCAGGAUCUUCUCCCGGUCUCGGCCCUUGGAUUUCCAGCAGCACAUCGCCGCCCCCCCGCCCCCCAGCCCCAACCGCCCGCGGAGCCCCUGGGGGCAGCUGGACCCCUAUGACUCCUCCGAGGAUGACAAGGAGUACGUGGGCUUCGCCACGCUGCCCAACCAGGUCCAUCGGAAGUCAGUGAAGAAGGGCUUUGACUUCACCCUCAUGGUGGCAGGGGAAUCCGGGCUGGGCAAGUCGACCCUAGUCAACAGCCUCUUCCUGACGGACAUGUACAGAGACCGCAAGCUGCUGAACGCCGAAGAACGCAUCACGCAGACAGUGGAGAUCACCAAGCACGUGGUGGACAUUGAGGAGAAGGGUGUCAAGCUGCGCCUGACCAUUGUGGACACGCCAGGCUUCGGUGACGCCGUCAACAACACCGAGUGCUGGAAGCCGGUGGCCGACUACAUCGACCAGCAGUUUGAGCAGUAUUUCCGCGAUGAAAGUGGCCUCAACCGGAAAAACAUCCAGGACAACCGCGUCCACUGCUGCAUCUACUUCAUCUCGCCCUUUGGCCAUGGGCUCCGGCCCCUGGACGUGGAGUUCAUGAGAGCCCUGCACCAGCGGGUGAACAUCGUGCCUGUGCUGGCCAAGGCUGACACCCUGACCCCUGCCGAGGUGGAGCGCAUGAAGAACAAGAUCCGGGAGGAGAUCGAUCACUAUGGCAUCCGCAUCUACCAGUUCCCCGAGUGUGACUCGGACGAGGAUGAGGAGUUCAAGCUGCAAGACCAGGCACUGAAGGAGAGCAUCCCCUUCGCUGUCAUCGGCAGCAACACGGUCGUGGAGGCCAAAGGCCGGCGCGUCCGCGGGCGCCUCUACCCCUGGGGCAUCGUGGAAGUGGAGAACCCAUCCCACUGUGACUUCGUGAAGCUGCGGACGAUGCUGGUGAGGACCCACAUGCAGGACCUCAAGGACGUGACGCGGGAAACCCACUACGAGAACUACCGCACGCAGUGCAUCCAGAGCAUGACCCGCAUGGUGGUGAAGGAGAGGAACCGCAACAAGCUGACACGGGAGAGCGGGACAGAUUUCCCCAUCCCUGUCAUCCCCCCGGUGCCGGAUGCGGAGACGGAGAAGCUUAUCCGGGAGAAGGACGAGGAGCUGCGGCGGAUGCAGGAGAUGCUCCAGAAGAUCCAGAAGCAGAUGAAGGAUUCGCACUAGCCCCCUCCUCCUCCUCCUUCUCCUCACCCCCCCAGAUCAGAAAUGUUUACAUCAUGCUCCAUCCUGCCUGGCCCUGCUGCGAGACUCUGUACCAACACCGCACCCGCCACCUUAAGCUGCUGCGGUAUCGCCUUAUCCAACCGGCCAGCGCCCAUCCCGUGGGAACAGCGAAGGGACAGGGCACCCAGCCUGGGGGUCCCCUGUCCCAGCCAGAUUGCUGCCCCGGCCCCCCUCACCGCCCAGGCUGGGGACAGCUUUGUCCCCUGAGCUUUGGCUUUCCCUGUUUCCCCCGCAGCUCUGGCAAGGGCUACUGGUCAGCCAUCGUGUCCCUUGUCCCUGUGCCACCUCCGGCAGCCUGCUUACAGCAUUUACGCUCAGCUUGGCCCUGGCUUAAGGGAAGAGGAAAGGGUGGGGACCGGUCCCAGCACCCCCAAACCCCCAGCUGCCCUGCUGCAGGGGACAGGGUUGCUCCCCCCUGGCCUUGGCUGGCACAGAGGGACAACAGCUCCUGGGGACCACAGGUGACCAAGGGCAUGGAGGAGCAGCCACCAUCCUGGCCAGGGUGGGAGCCGGCACUCAGACCCUUGGCUGCCUCCAUGCCAGCACCACUGUGAGGAGGGACUGAAGCUCGGCGGUGUCGAGCCCUGUGUCCUCAGCAGGGACCCUGUCCCCACCGAGCGUCACCCCUUGGGACCACCCAGUGUCCCCGGGUGGUGGGGACGGCCAUGGCAGGGGGAGCACUGGGGACUCACAGUCCCCGGAGAAAGUCCCUCGAACCCUAAAUCAGAGGCUGGGUCCCCAGCCUGGCCCCCACCUUGAUGAUGGCCCUGUAAAGCAAUAAUGACUGUCCUGUGCCCGUGGUGCUUCCCGACCUGCAGCAACAGCAUCGUCCCUCGCUGGCGUUUCAGCCUCUGGCACCACUUGCUUGUCCGUGGUGUCCCUGUGUGUCCCUGGGAUGUCCCUGUCCCUGCUGCUUUCUGGCAGAGCAUCACUGUGUGUCCCUGUGUGUCCCCCAAGGAUGUCCCCAUCCACAUUGCUUCCCAACAAAGCACUGCUGCGUGUCCCCAUUUUCCCCCGUGAUGUCCCCAUCAGUGUUGCUGCCCUGCAGAGCACUGCAGAGUGUUCCCCCCAGGCUGUCCCCAUCCUUGUUGCUUUCCCGCAGAGUACUAUGUCGUGUCCCUGUGUCCCCCCCAGAAUGUCCCCAUCUGCAUUGCUCCCUGGCAAUGCACUGCUGUGUGUCCCUGGGGCAAGCCCUGGCCCGCACCUCCUGGCCAGCAGCCGCAGGGCAUCCCUGGGGAGAUGGACCAACCCCCCCAGCUCCCUGCCCCCCCCCGGGUACGGGGAAAGGUGAAAGGGGACGGCGAGGCUGCAGGGUGGAGGCAGAACUGGGAGCAGUGGGAUGACUGGGAGCUCGCUGCCACAGGGAUGUGUCCCCUCCCCAGCAGGGCCACCUGAGCCGGGGACCCCCGGGUGGGUUCACCCCUGGGUGAGGGGUUUGCAUCCAGGCGGCUCGG